AUGGACCGCUUGAUCCAACAUUUGAGCCCCGUGUCACAUCAUACCCAACCAUCGAUAUCAUCUCGCCACGUGCUCUCACCAAGGCUGAGCGUAUCUGCAGAGGAAAUAGGCCCGAAAGCAGAUUCAGGUCCUCCCGCCUGGAGUCCCAGGAGUCCAUCAAGUGCCGCCGAGGCGCAGUUGAUGGACACUGGGCGACGCUACCUCUUGUGGUUCCAUGCCCAGCCCAUCACGCUAUUCGCCGAGGAAACCUUUCUGCAGUCUCUUGCCUCGCGAGAUCCAGAGCUGAUCUUAUCGCUCCAGGCCCUGGUAUUGCGAUGUCCGCCCGGGGCCCUUACCAGCCAGAUCAAACAGCAGGUUGACGACCUCGCGAGGUCUGCCCGCCGGAUGGUCAUGGAGCGGGUCACGGAAGGCCGGGUCGAGCUGUCCACGUUGCAGUCGCUAUGUCUCCUGAGCAUGUUUGAUUUCGCUACUGGUAACAUCACACAAUCCGGACUCAGCAUCACCACCGCGAGCCAUCUCGCACACAGCAUCCCACCAACCAACAACCCCAACAACGCCCAAGAAAGGAACUACUGCCUCCGGACAAUAAUCGUCCUCCAGCAUCUCCAGGGCUGCAUAAUGCCCGCCCCGCGACUCAUAAGCUCCCUCCCGGGCUCCACCAACAGCGGCUCUCACGUCCUCGGUCUCACAGCAUACUGCGGGGUCCCAGAGUACCACCUCGACGACAACCCAGACAAGAACAUAUCCACCGUCGCCUCCGACUUCUGUGUCGUCUGGCGGAUGGCCCGGGCCUACGCUGCCUCUAGAGUCAGCCCCGACGCCCCGCCGCCCUGGGACUCUCGCUCCGACUACUCCAUGGUCCUGCAAAGCCACCACGACAUCGACUGCCGCGCGCCGCAGAGGUUCCGCUUCGCCGCGAACCGCAUCGACCAGCAGAGCCCCGAGUCUCUACAGGCGCAGCGGCAAUACUGGAUUCCCUUUCUCUUCAGUCAGUUCGUCCACGAGACUAUCCCGUGUCUCUUGAACCAUCCAUUCCUGCUUUCCAUGCGCUUGCGGCAUUUUCGUCAUACCAUACCCGUUCACUUUAUCCAGCAGUCAUUUGAGAGCAUGAACCGGACUGCUGGCUGGAUUAUCUUCUUUUUGGACGUCAUUGAGAAGAAGUCGCUGCCGGUCAUGGACCCGGUUAUGGCGCACUGCGUCGUGAUUGUAGCAACGAUCCAUCUUCAGCACAGUUUCGUUCACGACCAGAUACUCAGGAGCAGAGCAAAAUCCGGAUUCGAAAAGUGUAUGAACUUUUUACGAAAAACAGGAGCCGUCUGGCCAAGCGUCGCCAACAUGGCAAGCAACCUCCGACGCCUCCAAGACAGCGUCGUGAUGAAAUCUCCUCCCGACCGCGGCGAUAACACCUCCCAAAACCGCUCCUUCUCCAUAAACACCCAACUCCUCUGGGACCUCCUCAUCUACGACCGCGCAUGCCGCCCCGACGCCGGCUGGGACCAGUCCAUGUUCGGCGCCACUCUCCGCUCUGACGCCCGCGAGCUCUCCACCGAAACGGGCGCCGCCGAAUUCGACCUUGUUGGUUCAGCGGGCAUCUCGGGCCACAAGGCCGUGCCCAACGACGUGGGUGUGUAUGCUCCUAAUGAUGAUAUUGCACCUGUGGCGAUCACAGAGCAACCACCGCCACCGCCGCAUCAUUUAGUCGGGCAGGGGCUAGGGGAUAUGGGGCCUUCGUUUGAGGAUAUUUUCUUUGAGGGCGUUGGACCGUUUGGGGACCAGUCGAAUCGAUUUAUUGAAGCGAAUGAUUAUGGGAGAGCGAUUGAUGAUUGGUUGAAUAUUGAGAAUUAG